GACAAAUCUGAUAGAUUCACUCGCCACUGAAAAGCAGUUAGGUAUAACCACCAAAUUAUACACUCCUCAAGCUAAAAAAGAGAUGUCUCCGUCUUUGGACACUAACGGCGAUGUCGCCGCCUUAAAAUCAUCGCCGAUCUCCGGACGUUUUGCCGCCGUUUACAGUGAGGUUCAAACGAAUCGUAUCGAUCACGCUCUUCCUCUCCCUUAUGUUCUUAGAAACCCCUUCAAAAUUGUUGAUGGUCCCCCUAGCUCCGCCGCCGGCAACCCUGAUGAGAUCGCAAAGCUGUUUCCGAAUUUGUUUGGGCAACCCUCGGCGAUGCUAGUGCCAAACGGAGUUGACAGUGUUGGAUCUGAUCAGAAGUUGAAGAUCGGUGUCGUUUUAUCUGGAGGACAGGCACCUGGAGGUCACAAUGUGAUUUCUGGAAUCUUCGAUUACUUGCAGGAUCGCGCGAAAGGUAGCAUUUUGUAUGGUUUUAGGGGAGGUCCUGCCGGGAUCAUGAAGUGCAAAUACAUAGAAUUGAGUGCAGAUUAUAUUUACCCUUACAGAAAUCAGGGCGGCUUUGAUAUGAUACGCAGUGGGAGAGAUAAGAUUGAAACUCCUGAGCAGUUUAAGCAAGCUGAAGAAACAACAUCGAAGCUUGAUUUGGAUGGGCUUGUUGUUAUUGGUGGGGAUGACUCAAACACAAAUGCUUGCCUCCUUGCAGAAAACUUCAGGGGUAAAAAUUUGAAAACUCGAGUGAUUGGAUGCCCAAAAACCAUCGAUGGUGAUUUGAAAUGCAAAGAGGUUCCCACAAGUUUUGGGUUCGAUACUGCUUGCAAGAUAUAUGCUGAAAUGAUUGGGAAUGUAAUGAUUGAUGCACGAUCAACUGGAAAAUAUUACCACUUUGUGCGGCUCAUGGGGCGUGCAGCUUCACACAUUACUUUGGAGUGUGCCUUGCAAACUCAUCCUAACAUUACUAUUAUUGGAGAAGAGGUUGCUGCCAAGAAGUUGACGCUUAAAAAUGUAACAGACUACAUGGUUGAUGUCAUUUGCAAACGUGCUGAACUUGGGUACAACUAUGGUGUGAUUCUCAUUCCUGAAGGUCUCAUUGACUUCAUUCCUGAGGUCCAGCAGCUUAUUGCUGAACUAAAUGAAAUUCUGGCACAUGACAUUGUUGAUGUAGAUGGCCUAUGGAAAAAGAAACUUACCGAUCAGUCUCUAAAGCUUUUUGAUUUCUUACCUCAAGCUAUUCAAGAACAAUUGAUGCUUGAAAGGGAUCCACAUGGAAAUGUUCAGGUUGCCAAAAUAGAAACAGAGAAAAUGCUCAUUCAAAUGGUUGAAACAGAAUUAGAGAAGAGGAAGCAGGAAGGUUCCUAUAAAGCUGAUUUUAAAGGACAGUCACAUUUCUUUGGUUAUGAAGGAAGAUGCGGUUUGCCAACUAACUUUGAUGCCUCAUACUGCUAUGCAUUGGGAUAUGGUGCUGGAGCUCUCCUCCACAGUGGAAAAACUGGAUUGAUAUCAUCGGUUGGAAACUUGUGUGCCCCUGUUGAAGAAUGGACUGUUGGAGGGACUGCUCUUACAUCAAUGAUGGACGUGGAGAGGAGACAUGGUAAAUUCAAGCCUGUUAUCAAGAAGGCAAUGGUAGAAUUGGAUGGUGCACCGUACAAGAAAUUUGCUUCCAUGCGGGAGGAAUGGGCCCUUAAAAACUGCUACAUUAGUCCUGGUCCUAUUCAAUUUGUUGGGCCAUCUUCCAAUGCAGUUAACCACACUCUGCUCCUUGAACUCGGUGCUCAAGCUUAGAGGUAUUGAUUGAAAAACUGCUAUAGUAGGAAAGCUCAAAUGUCUAGAGAUAGCAAGUCAAACUUUGUAGUUUGUUUGUCGUGCUUCAUUCUUGUUUAUUUUU